UAAUAUCCUUUCUCUUCAGUGUAAACGGAAGCGACCUGUGACCAAGAACAGUUUCCACGUUAGCGUUUUUAUUUAGACGUUUAUUAACCCCCUGGAACUCAUCAUAUGACUAAUGUAACUGCACAGCAUCACAUACUUACCCCAGAUAGUGUUUAAUUCGAUUUCGACUGGGUUGAUAGAUGUUAUUUAAGUAAAGCUAGCUAGUAUCUGCUAACAAUGGCUAACUGUAUGGUUUUUCACACUCAAAUUGCCUCCAUCAUGGAGGUGCUAGCGAAUUCAGCCGUUGCAGAGAUCUGUAAACUCGUAGACGACGACUAUGCAGUGUUUCGUUUGGAAAUAACUCAAAGCCAGAAAGAAAACAGGGGAUUGAGGAGGAAACUACAGCUCGUGGAACUCAAGGUGGCACGGGAGCGCGCAGAGAGGACAAUGCGAGAGCGCGUCCUCGCUAGUCGUCCCAGUAGUGUCAAGAUCCUCGACAGAUACAGAGGAAUGGCAAGAGGUGAAGGACAUCUCACUGGAGGCCACAGGAGCUUUGUGAAGCCAGCGUGGAGAGAUCACCAACCCCUAGCUAUAGAUGAGGGGAGUGGAGCCUUAAUCCAGCAGGUUAUCGUGAUAGAGUCAGCAGAUGCAGAGGCUCCAGGUCCUGGGGUCAAGCAUGAGAGGACAGAAGGAGAGGAGGACCCACGGCACAGUAGAGACAUCCAGACUGAAGCAACGGCUGGAGUGGCGCCCCCUGUAGCCAAGGAGGACAUCGCAACUGCCUCCACGCCCCAGGCCAAGACUCAACCCAGCAUCACGGAGGAGGAGGAGGAGGAGGGUCCAGAGGUGCUGAUGAUGAAGGAGGAGGGUCUGGGAAACCCUGAGGGGACCAUGGUCAUUGAGGACAACCAGAUUACACCUCCUGAACCCACAGAGGAACCAGCUGAGCAGCACAGGCCCACAUACAGUCUCACUGAGUCAGUAGACAUGGAGGAUGGGAAGCCUGAUCUGCUGAUAGUCAAAGAGGAGACAAUUGAGGAUGAACCAGACAGCAUUGACCUGCUGAGUGGACUAAAGAUGGGGGAGCAAGGUGGUUGGCUGGAGGCUAACAGAGGAGACUGGGUGAACAUCUUGGAUUCCCAGACCAGUGCAGCCAAGGGCAACAUCACUGAGCAGGCCAGGACCAGAGGUGACAUAGUGGAGGCUGGCUGUGACCAGGGAAAGGUGUAGAAUCGGUCCACGGGGAAACGGAGGUGUCCGUAUGCGGCUGAAGAGAACAGACAGACAGCGAUGAUCCGUCCUGCUCCUAUAGUUGUGAUUCAGAGAGACUGAUGGUGCCUCAGGUUAACCUCCUAACAGGUGCUGCCUUCAGCCUGCCUUCUAUAGGAUCUAACACCUGGAACAUGGACCCUGCGACAACACAAACACUCCCUGGCCUUCAUCCUCCUCACACCAUCCUAAUGUUAAACAAGACCUCACACAAUGCCAGUGCCUCAACAGUAAAUGGCUACACAAUCCCAUUGACAAAUGAUAGCAGUAGUGACGCUAUCAGUAGAUCCGGUGGCAAAGAGAAGCACUUCCCGUGUUCAUUCUGUGGGAAAGCCUUCAAUUACCUCAAACAGGUGGAGAUCCACCAGAGGAUGCACACAGGGGAGAAAUAUUUUGAUUGCCACCCGUGUGAGAAGAGGUUCUCCCACCAGCACCACCUGCAAAGGCACCAGAGGGUCCACACAGGGGAGAAAUCCUACAGCUGACCCCAGUUUGAGAAGAGGUUCUCAUGCCAGGACCAGCUGAAGAUGCACCUGAAGGUCCACACGGGAGAGAGCCUGUACGCCUGUUCGCACUGCAAGAAGAGAUUCUCUAAGAGGAGCUACCUCCGGAUACACCAGUAGAAAACGCACAGGGCCCAUGUAUAGAGUGUAGUGACAUGUAAUGUAGUGUUAGUUUGAUGUUAAUUCUGUUGGUUUUGAAUGUUCUAGGGAACUGGAUGAGGUGAACUGAGGAAAGAAUGAGUAUGAUGAGGCAGAGUAGAUGAUAUGGUGAUUGUUGGUGUGAUGGUGUCUGUAAAAAUGCGUCACUGAUGAAGUGACAACUAUGUCUUGUAGUUUGAUACAGGUGUUUUAUAAUGAUGAAAUGAUUGCGCCUUAAUUCAUGUUUACUUCACAUAAACCAGUCAAGCUGUGUGUAAUGUUGAACCUUUUCCAAAGUAUUCUAAAAUACAUUUUAUCAAAUCGGGGGUACCAGAUUUACCGAAAGGGUAAAGUGUUACCAUAGUGAGAAAAGGUAUUGUACUUGUCACAAGAAUAGUACUUUACUUCAGGUUAUGUGAGUGUAUAAAAAUAACAAGGGUGUCAGCAGUCAUUUUUGUAUCAUUGUAUCAUCCUUCUCAGUCGAACCAAAACAUAUUUAAUUCUUGAAUCAACACAUGGAAAGGUUUUUCUAAUACACUCCAAUGGCUCCAUAUUGUUAGGUACUUGAAUCACAGUGUUAGAGAUGUGUUUGACUGUGGUUAACAUUUUAUAAAGUCAUGUUUCUGUGUGUACAGCAAAGAGUUUAUUUUAUAAACCUUUAUGCUUUUCUGUUCAAUGUGUGUUUACAGUCUGCAGUCCAUGAGGACCUGCUGAUAUCCGGUGUUGCUGACGGGAGAGACUGGACCUCUGAAGCGGCUGGUCACAAACCCUGGCCCCGGAUCAGAACCCUGGAUCAGGAGCCGUCGCUCUUCCUUCCCGAGUCGGAACCAGGA